AUGGUCCAAACAGGCGAUCCAACAGGCACAGGAAAGGGCGGGUCCUCAAUAUGGAAUCGGAAAUUCGAAGAUGAAAUCGCUACAAGUCAAGGCCUAAAACAUUCGGAACGUGGGAUAUGCUCAAUGGCAAACUCGGGUCCUAAUUCGAAUGCAUCACAGUUUUUCAUCACGUAUGGGAAACAGUCGCAUCUUGAUGGCAAGUAUACCGUGUUUGGAAAAGUCAUUGAUGGAUUUGAUACACUAGACGCAUUGGAAAAGGUGCCUGUAGAUGAAAAGAAUCGACCGAUACAGGAAGUUCGUAUUAAAUCUGUAACUAUGCAUGCAAAUCCUCUCGCGGAUGGCCGUUCGUAA